GGCGUCACGGCAGUACAGCAUGGAGGAACUACGAGUGCUGGAGCUUUACAGUGGGAUAGGAGGAAUGCAUUAUGCUAUAAAAGAUAGCGGAAUACCCUUCCAGGUAGUUGCUGCCAUCGACAUAAACACCAUAGCUAACCAGAUCUACCAGCACAAUUUUCCAGACACCCCACUCUGGAACAAGACUAUAGAGGGCAUAACACUUGAUGACUUCAACAAAUUAUCUUUUGACAUGAUCUUGAUGAGCCCACCUUGUCAGCCUUUUACAAGGUUAGGACAUCAGGGGGACAUCGCCGACCCUAGAACGAAGAGCUUCCUCUACAUCCUUGAUAUUCUGCCAAGGCUGUGCAAGCGUCCCCGUUUAAUCCUGCUGGAGAACGUGAAAGGCUUCGAGAGCUCCUCUGCCAGGGAAAGAUUGGUGAAAACUCUGAAAGAAUGUGGAUACACCUACCAGGAGAUCAUGAUCUCACCCCCCAGUGUUGGGAUCCCAAACUCAAGACUGCGUUAUUACCUGAUUGCAAAGAUUUCAACUGAAACCUUCAGUGCAGAGACGAGGUCAAAGAUUUUAGAAGCCUUCCCCCAUGCUGCUGAGACUGACUCUCCAGUCUUCCCCUAUCCCACUGAGACUAUUCCCCCUGAGCAGCAUGCAGUCUCCAGCCUUUCGACUCCAGAUACCUGCCAACCAGAAGAGGAUAUGCAGGGGGGGCAUUUCCUGUAUAAAUUAGAGACAAUGAUAGAGGUCCAAAGAAAAAUGAAUCAGAAUAAUGAUCUGUCUGUCAGGCAGAUCAGAGACUUUUUGGAACCACAAACAGAAGAUAAGGUUGAAAAGUUUCUCCUUCCUCCGAAAACUCUGCUGAGAUACGCUCAGAUCCUGGACAUCGUUCAGCCCACAUGCAGGAGAUCAGUGUGCUUCACCAAAGGCUAUGGUCGGUAUGUCGAGGGAACUGGCUCAGUACUGCAGAGUUGCAUGGAGACCGAGAUGGCAAGCAUAUUUCGAGGUCUUGACCAGUGCUCUGAAGAUGAGAAACUCCAGCAGCUGUUCAAACUAAAGCUCCGUUAUUUUACUCCAAGAGAAGUCGCCAACCUCAUGGGCUUCCCUCAAAGCUUCUCCUUUCCAGAGCAGAUCUCUACCAAGCAGCAGUACAGAGUCCUGGGAAACAGUCUCAAUGUGGUGGUGGUGGCGAGACUUUUGCAGCUGAUGAUCUCCUAACCCUAAGAACUGACUGGACAAGAAAAUGUUAUUUUUCAUUUAAGUAAUACAUAACAAAGUACAUGCUCAGAUGUAUAAAUGGAGUUAACUUAUCAAAUUGUGGACAAAACCCAUCAGAGACGUCAGCAGUUAAGUGUCUUCAUAUCACUGAAGGCAGUGCUUGUCUUAAGGCUGAAUUUGUAUAUUUGUUUUUUAUAAAUGCAAAUAUCUUUUU